AUGCAAAUGCACUCGAAAUCGGGAUUGUUCAGACGCCAACAGAUCAUCUUACUACUUAAACAUCGGAGAUCAAUCUCAGGCCUGACCCUGGCCCACUGUCUUCAUUAUGCGAACAUCCCACAUAUUGAUCUUGAAAAGACCUCCGACCCAGCGCCUCAAGUAGGGGCACCAAUCGGCAUUAUGCCAGACAGGGCUCGAAUACUUGAUCAACUUGGACGUUGGAAGAAGAUUGAGUAUGGCCUCGAACCACUUGCAAGACCCAUUCUUGUCGACCACGGAGAGUUUCAAGUGGAAAGCUCGUACCCUAAGGUCAUGCGCAAAAGGUUCAAGUAUCCCAUUGCAUUCAUCGAUCGACAAAGAAUUCUGCAAGGAGUACAAACAGUUCUGCAAGUUCUCUAUGAAGGAUAUGCUCAUCCCGAAAGGAUCCGGCUUUCGGAAAAACUAAUACCUAUUGAGAUAUCAGACGAUGGGGCUACAGUCACUACGGCUGAUGGAAAGAUCCAUAAAAGGCAUAUUUUUGUUGGAACAGAUGGUGUGCAUAGUGGUGUGAAGGCCGAGAUCUGGAAGGUUGGCGAUCGAUUACAACCGGGUCGAAUCACAGCUCAGGAAAGAACUGCUCUAACUACUCAGUAUAUUUGUAUCUUUGGCAUUUUAUCACCGAUCGAAGGGAUGCCACCGGAAGGGCAAAUCCAUCGUGGCCGACUGUACUGGUUCCUUACGCAAACACUAGACAAAAGAUACACUUGGCCGGAUUGUCCACGAUUCGCAGAUGAUGGCAUGGCAGCAGAAGCAGCUAAACUGGAUGGGUUUCGGGUCUGCAAUUAUAUUACAUUCGGUCACAUCUGA